UAAAGUUUAAAUAGAUAGGCACACUAUGGGUCCUAUGACUUUCACGAGGAAACAACAUAAAUUGCAACAACUAGAUGUUGAAAAGAAGCCACCAUCCUUAGCACAUGUGUACAAAGAAAGUCGUAAAAGGAAAGCAGACAAACAAUACAAAACUUCUUACGAGCCCACCCAAAGUAACAUUGACAAGAUGGAGGAAGUCCAAAUGCAAAGUGAAAUUGAUGGAGAUGUUGCAUACUUUGAAGUAAUGAAUAAGCCAAAUAACUUUGGCCUUAAAAAAAAGCAACCAGGGAUAUGUUCACUAAGGGGAAAGAGCAACAAACCAAUAAUUCCUGACGAGUUCCUAAAGCCCUAUAAAGACGAAAUUGUGAAAGAAACAGUAGCAGAAUUAAUGAAGACGCUCAAGCAAAUUGAUCCUAAAGUGGUGGAUACUUUGACUCGAACAGUUGAAAAUGUGUCAUCCAAUCUAGAGCAUAGAGAUCAAUUUCCAAAUUUAGACUCUAAACGACGACAAAAUGAGGAUGAAAUGGUUGAAGAUGAAGGCUUAGACUAGCAAGUCAAGAUGCAUGCUGCUGAUUGCAUAAAUGUUUCCGCUCUCUGCUGUUUUUGCUCUCUGCCUGUUACCGCUUUAUGCUGUCAAGAUGCCUAUUUUUUGCUAGCUGUUACUGCUUUUUGCUGCUGUUUUCUGCUCGUUGUUGCUGAUGCAUGCUGUUGUUUUCUGCCCGUUGUUGCUGAUGCAUGCUGCUAUUUUCUGCCCGUUGUCUGCUACUACUAUCACUGUCUGCUGCUACCGCUAUUUGUAGCUUUGGUGCUGCUGUAAUUCCUUCUAGCUGCUGCUUAUGAUAUCUGCUGCUGUGCUCCUGCUAAUGUUACUAUUGCUGGGUUUUUUUUUUUUUUGAAACAAAAAAGUGGGUAGAAUUUGGUGGUCUAAUUUCAAGGUCGAAGCUGACUUAUUAAUUCUUUUAUUACAUUACUUAGCCAAACAAAAAAUUGGUGUUUAUAGAUUUUUGUGAAGAAACUAUGAAAUUAUAUAAAUUCAAAUAAUUGUUAAUCGUAUAUGUUAAUUUCA